UCAUGGGUCACAAAAAUGUUUGAAAAGCCCAACAGAAUAACCCAACAAAACCCAAGGACAAUUACGUCAUUUCCGUGUGCUCCACACAAAACCCUAGCUUCAGAUGAACCUCUCUACAAAAACCACGCAUUUCACUCACUCAGCCUCCUCCUCCUCCCUCCAAAACCCAUACGCCCCCAAACCCAGAGCGCCGCCGAAGAAUCCAUGCCUCCCAAAUUCGACCCCUCUCAGGUCGUCGAUGUCUACGUCCGAGUCACCGGAGGCGAGGUCGGCGCCGCCAGUUCGCUCGCUCCCAAGAUUGGUCCUCUGGGUCUCUCCCCCAAAAAGAUCGGAGAAGACAUCGCUAAAGAGACCGCCAAGGACUGGAAGGGCCUGAGAGUCACCGUCAAGCUCACCGUGCAGAAUCGUCAGGCCAAGGUCUCCGUCGUCCCCUCCGCCGCUGCUCUCGUCAUCAAGGCGUUGAAGGAGCCGGAGCGCGACAGGAAGAAGACUAAGAACAUCAAGCACAGCGGGAACAUUUCGUUGGACGAUGUGAUUGAGAUUGCUAAGGUGAUGAGGAACAGGUCCAUGGCGAAGGAGUUGGCCGGGACCGUGAAGGAGAUUCUGGGCACCUGCGUUUCGGUCGGGUGCACCGUCGACGGCAAGGACCCGAAGGAUCUGCAGCAGGAGAUUGCCGACGGUGAUGUUGAAAUUCCCUUGGACUGAUAAGCUAUGUUUUGGGUUUUAUAAAAUGUUAGUGAGUUUUGGGUUCUAUAAACAUUUCAUAUUUUUGGGUUUUAAUUUUAUAAUUACUAUCGGUUUCCCAGUUAUGAAUUUCUAUAGGGCAUUGAAAUGGUUGAUCGAAUUCGGCGCUGUAAUGCUUUAGCGUUAAUGUUUUUUUUUUUUUUUUUGUCUUUCUCUUUUUGCUUAUAAUGUCUGGACCUGAGUUUUUUAUGCUUAAUGUUGAAAUGUAUUUUCUAUACGCUCAUGAA